AAAAGAGCAUGUACUUGCCUCCCAUGAAUAGACUGUGGGAUUUGAUGUGCAUUUUGAGACAACAGGUUGAUAUUUGAAUAGACCAUCUGCUUUCCUUAAAUGAUAUACCCAAUAGGAAGGUAAGGUCUGGCUUAAGAUUUCGCAUAUAAUUUUGGUCUGUGGAGAACUGAACACAAUCCCUUUCUUGCCUUAGUGUUUUCUGCAAGGGUUCCUGAGUCCUAACUGCACAUUGCAUCAUUUGCAGAGCUUCUUAAACAUCUGCAUUCUGUGACGCCCUAGAUGACUGAUCAUGAUGCACAUCCCUGCAUCACAUCUGUUCCUGAGAACCAUUACUUACUGCCCUUACUCUCCACUCACGUGAAGAGUAAUUAAGAAAUUACGCCUGGGUUAUAAUUCCUGUCCUGUCUUUUUUUUUUUUUUUUUUUUGGAUAUUGGGAAUUGAACUUGGGACCUUACGCUUGUCAGACAGGCGUUUAUGCUGCCAGGCUAUCUCCCUGGUCCUAAUUUUUGUCUUAAUGUAACCUUUUAUUUGUUGUGAAACUGGUUGGAAAAAUUCAUUUACUUCCUUUUCAGUAGUUCUCUGCAGAGCUAUCUCCAUAUAUGUUGUCUUGGUUACUUUUCUCAUUGCUGAGAAAAAAAACACUUGACACCGAAAGUUAAAGGAGGAGAGGUUUAUUGUAACUGAAGGUUGAUAAAGGUUUAGUUCACAGUCAGCUGGCUCCCAGGGAGGGUGGUGUGGCAGAGGAGAAACUUGUCUAUGGCAGGGCAAGGAAGGCGGAAGGCAGCAGGCAGCAAGGGACCAGCAACAACAGCCCUCCUUUUGUCUCUUAUAUUGUCUCACCCAGAAGGGGCUGUGGUGUUAUCCACUCUCAGCACUCUGCCAAACCAAUCAGUGGACUAAUUUAGUAAUCACACACCCUUGAUCCCAUUACAUACAUAAUCCCAGAAUUACACACUCUAGAUCCAGCCACCUCUGAAAAGCCCCACUUACAAGCAUGAGGCUUUGGGGAGAUGUCUCGACACAGACCAUGACAUACGUCUAGUAAUUCUGGCUUUUGUGCUUAUGGUCUGGAUGCUCCCAUCUAGAUAAGCUGUGAUGCCACUACUCACUCCUUGCCUGGUGACAGCUCGUCUUGUGUGGCUUUUUCUUAGAAUCCAUGACAAAUCUAUCACCAUUGUGUGCUUCACAUGCAUCUGUCAUACUUAGGCUUCAUGUGAUUGUUUUGAGUUUUUUUUCCUUUUCUUGAAAAGGCUAUGCACCAGACUUGAUGGUAGUGAUUUCUCUAUGGUGAGAUGGAGAAGAGGUUCUCACUUUUCCUUUUUUCUAAUGUAUUUAUGGGCUGCCUAGUGAGAAGAUAGCUCAGAGCUUUUCUAGCAUGUAUAAGGCCAUGAAUUCAAGCCCAAUAACACUGCAAACUGAAUAUGAUGAACAUAUAUUACUUUUUGUCAUGAAGCUAAUUCUUAUUGAAGUUAGUCUAAAUAGUAAUUUAAUGGGAAUUCAGUAUUAUUGGCCUGUGUAUCCACAUAUUCCAUUCCUUGGGUUCAACCAACUACAGAUCAAAAAUAGAAAAAAACACUACAUCCAUGCUAACAUGCAGACUUCUUUUCUUGUGCAUUAUUUCUUAAACAGUACAGUAUAACAACUAUUUAUAUAAUAUGUGCUUAUACAUAUUAAGUGUUAUAAAUAAUGCAUUGGUGAUUAACCUUGCAUGAGGAUAUGUGUACAAUGCUACUUUGUAUAAGAUGUGAGCUUCCAUGAAUUUUGUUUUCGUUUCUUUGCUAGUGGGGUCUGUGUUGACCAGUCUGGUCUGAAACUUAUAGGCAUAAGUGAUCUCCCUGCUUCAGUCUCGUGAGUAACUACGAUUAUAGGUGUAUACUAUCAUGCCUGGUUUCAUCUGCAAAUUUUGACAUCCAUGGGGGCAUCCCAGAACCAGUUCACUGUAGACAUAUGAGUUACAGCUCUCUCUUCUCUUCCCAUACUCUCAUGAGUGGUUUUUCUCAGGUGUUCUGUCCACCACUGAAUAACUUUUCUUUUUCCAAUGCCCAGUGUCCUAUUGGUGGAGAGUACUCAGCUCACUGUCCCUAUCCUGGAUGUCCUUUCCAGCCUCCAGCUUGACCCUGACUUCCUGUCUAAGGUCCGCCAGUUGGCAAUGGGUAAUUUCUGAGCUUCGAAGAAAGUUGGAUCUGCAGCAUUUUAUUUUUCCAUCAUUGUUACAAGCUUCACAGUUCACAUUAAAAAGAAAAGGAGGCGCAAGUUCUUCAGGAAGUCAAAAUAGUAGCCAUCCCGACUAUGUUACCCUCAUCUUUGAUGUAAUAAAGUCAGCUGUUAGAUAUGAGAAAGCCAUAUCAGAAGCCUGGGUUAAGGCAAUUGAAACUACUGUCUUGGGAUCUGAUCACUCGACUUUUGAUGUGGUGAUGCUUUUCAUCAUUUAUAGUACCAGCCCUCAGACAAAGAAGUACAUCGAGAAGGUGCUGAGAAGUAAGAUUCGUUCAGGCUGCUUUCAUCAGCAGCUGCUGGAGUCGACGUUCUGUGUCCACUUCAUGGUUCUGGAGGAUGUCUGUCCUUCUAUUCUAUUGGUGGCUCAGAAUUUGUUUCACUCCCAAGAGCAGAGCAUAACUUCAUUUGCCAGUUUGCUCUACAAAUACUCAUUUAGGAGUUUUGACACUUACUGCCAGCAGGAAGUGGUUGGUGCCCUAGUGACCCACGUCUGCAGCGGGAAUGAAGCUGAAGUUGAUGCUGCAUUAUAUGUCUUGCUUGAAUUAUCAGUACUAGACCCGUCUGCAAUGAGGCUGAAUGCCGCAUUUGUGAAGGGCCUUUUAGAUUACUUGGAUAAUAUGUCCCCUCAGCAAAUCCGAAAACUCUUCCAUAUUCUCAGCACACUGGCAUUUAGUGAACAGCAUGAAGCCAGCAGCCACAUCAAGGACGAUAUGCACCUAGUGAUCCGGAAGCAGCUCUCAAGCUCCAUAGUCAAAUACAAACUCAUUGGGAUCAUUGGCGCAGUUACCAUGGCGGGCAUCAUGGCAGCAGACAGCCAAGAGAGAGUUGACCCGAGCAAUGAGCAGUGCACACAGGUGAUGUCCUUGCUGCAGCUGGUUCAGUCCUGCAGUGAGCAGUCUCCUCAGGCCUCUGCACUGUAUUAUGAUGAAUUUGCUAACCUGAUCCAAGAAGGAAAUAUAGCUCCAAAAACAUUGGAAUGGGUUGGGCAGACUAUCUGCAGUGAUUUCCAGGAUGCGUUCGUGGUGGACUUGUGUGAUGUCUCAGAAGGGGCACUUCCAUUUCCUGGGAAAGCACUCUACGGGCUGGAAGAAUACAAUACUUGUGAUGGAAUUGCCAUCAAUCUCCUGCCUCUACUCUACUCUGAGGAAUUUGCAAAAGAUGGAGGUCAUAUGACUGCACAGGAAUCAGGCCAAAAAUUGGUGUCUACAUUGUGCCUGGCUCCUUAUUUCCGGUUAUUGAGGUUUUGUGUGGCAAAACAACAUAAUGGAAACCUGGAGGAGAUCGAUGGCUUAUUAGAUUGCCCUCUGUUCCUUACUGACCUGGAGCCUGGAGAGAGGCUGGAGUCCAUGCCUGCUAAGGAGCGCUCAUUCCUGUGUUCACUCACAUUUCUCACUCUCAACUGGUUCCGAGAGGUAGUGAAUGCCUUCUGCCAACAGCCGUCACCUGAGAUGAAGGGGAAGGUCCUCAUGCGGCUGAAGGUCAUUGUGGAGCUACAGGACAUCCUGGAAAAGCACUUGGCAGUUACUCCGGACUAUGUCCCUCCUUUUGCACACUUUGACUUGGAAACUUUAGAUGUAAUACCUCAUAGCAGUUCUGCGUCAGCAAAAAGCAGGAGCAAAGGAAAGAUAAGAGGAAGAAAACAAAAAGCAGAUGAUGGCAAAGCAUCCCCUGCUGAUAAACUUUCGAAGGAGGAUAAUUCAGAAUGUGAACCUGUGGCAUCUGGAAGAAGCCAGCUAGACAAGGAGUUCACAGGGAAGGAAGCGAGGGCAUCAGUGUCCCUGCAGAAUUAUCGCGCUUUCUUCCGGGAGCUGGAUAUUGAGGUCUUCUCCAUUCUCCGCUGUGGACUCGUAACCAAGGUUAUCUUAGAUACUGAAAUGCACACCGAAGCUACAGAAGUUCUGCAACUUGGGCCACCAGAGCUGCUUUUCUUGCUGGAAGAUCUCUCACAGAAGUUAGAGAACAUGCUGCUACCUUCUUGUACUAAAAGAAUGUCUUUCCUCAAGAGCAAAGGAAGCCGGAAUAUUGGAUUUUCACAUCUUCAUCAGAGCUCUGCAUCGGAAGUCGUUAAUUGUGUUGUGCAGCUGGUAACCCCAAUGUGUAACCAUCUGGAAAACAUUCACAACUAUUUUCAGUGUUUAGUCCCUGAGAAUCAUGGUGUGCCCACAGUGGGUGGCCCUGGAGGGAACGCUCAGGAGUACCAAAUAAUGUCUUCCUGUUAUCUGAGGCUCCUGCAGAUUUUUCAUUGGCUUUUUGCUUGGAGUGGAUUUUCUAACAUUGAGAAUCACAGUUAUCUAUACUCAGCCCUUGAGGUCCUUACUGGACGAGUAAAGCAGUUACAGCCUGAUGAGGCCUUGGAGGAGCUUCUCAGCCAGAGCUUCAAUUACUUGCAGAAUUUCCACAACAGCAUCCCCAGUUUCCAGUGUGGUCUUUGCCUCAUCAGAAUUUUGAUGGCCCUUUUCAAGAGAUCAGUAGAUCCUGCUCCAAAGAAAGAAAAAAUUGCUUUCCUGGCCAGACAGUUCCUCUGCCGGGUGUGGCCACAUGGAGAGAAAGAGAAGACCUCUGUUUUCAAGGAUCAGCUUCAGGAUUUGCUCUGCAUUUACCUGGAGCACACAGACAGUGUGCUGAAGGCCAUAGAGGAGAUUGCUGGCGUUGGGGUCCCAGAGUUGAUCCACUCUCCAAAAGAUGCCUGUUCUCCCACAUUCCCUACACUGACCAGGCAGACUUUUGUCAUUUUCUUCCGUGUGAUGAUGGCUAAACUGGAGAAGACAGUGAAAAGUCUCCAGGCUGGCUCAGCAGUACAGCCACCAAAGGUCCAUGAAGAGAAGCUCCUGUACUGGAACAUGGCUGUUCGAGACUUCAGUAUCCUCAUCAACCUGAUAAAAGUGUUUGAUAGUCAUCCAGUGCUGCAUGCAUGUUUGAAGUAUGGACGUCUCUUUGUGGAAGCGUUUCUGAAGCAAUGUAUGCCGCUCCUAGACUUCAGCUUUAGAAAGCACCGGGAAGAUGUUUUGAGCCUGCUGGAAACCUUCCAGCUGAAUACGAGGCUGCUUCAUCACCUGUGUGGGCAUUCUAAGAUUCAUCAGGAUACAAGACUCACCAAACAUGUGCCUUUGCUUAAAAAGACACUGGAGCAGUUGGUUUGCAGAGUCAAGGCAAUGCUUGUCCUCAACAAUUGUAGAGAGGCUUUCUGGCUAGGCAACCUCAAAAACCGGGACUUGCAGGGUGAAGAGAUUGUGUCCCAGGAUUCCCAGGGGAGCACAGCAGAAGAAAGUGAGGACAGCACAACAUCCCAGGUCUCCCAGAACAAUGCUGCCAAGGCCGGUGUUGAGGAUGAAGCAAGUGAUGGGGAAAAGGAGCUGUACAGUGAGGACAGUGAUGACAGCCUGGAUUAGCCCUGGGAGCUGCCCCACCGUGCACCGUCUCCACAGGCUUCCUUUCCACUUAGUAUGCAAAGCUUCCUGUUCUGCCUCCAGAGGGUUGUUGAUUACUGCCCGAGUCCUGCAAGCUGUGCUGACAGCGUGCAAAGUUACUUUUUCUAAAAUGCAGGCUUAUGCAAGUUUUACAAAUAAAUUUUUUUCUGCUCUUU